GCCCUCCUUUUGUUACUCCGCCACUCUGUCUACUCUCUCGCUCUCUGUCUCCCUCUCCCUCUCUUCGAGAAAUCUAGGGUUUUUCAUCUUUUUCUCCUUCUUCGCCUCCCUCCUCUGAAAUUUCCUCGAAAAAAAUGCCUAGGUAUGAUGACCGCCGCAGUGGUACUCGCCUUUAUGUCGGACACUUGUCUUCAAGGACAAGAUCACGUGAUCUAGAGGACAUGUUUAGCAGAUAUGGGAGAAUACGUGAUGUGGAUAUGAAGCGCGACUAUGCAUUUGUUGAAUUUAGCGACCCUAGAGAUGCUGAUGAUGCAAGAUAUGCAUUGAAUGGUCGAGAUCUAGAUGGAAGCCGUAUCAUUGUGGAAUUCGCCAAGGGAGUGCCCCGUGGCCCUGGUGGAUCUCGUGAUUACCCUGGAAGAGGAGGACCUACUCCUGGGUCAGGACGCUGCUUCAACUGUGGAAUUGAUGGUCACUGGGCUCGUGAUUGCAAAGCUGGAGAUUGGAAGAAUAAGUGUUAUCGCUGUGGAGAACGAGGCCACAUAGAAAGAAAUUGUCAAAACAGUCCCAAGAAACUGAGCCGCAGACCACGCAGUUACUCACGCUCACCUAGUCCCCGCCGUGGUAGAAGCAGAAGCCGUAGUUACAGCAGGGGGCGUAGCGACAGUAGAUCAAGAUCACCUGUGAAGAGAGAAAGAAGUUUUGAGCGUGACGAUAGAAGAUCAAGGAGCCCUAAGCGCCACAGGGGUUCUCCAUCUCCAUCCAAGGGGAGGAAGCAUAGUCCAGCACUCGAUGAAAGAAGCCCACGAGAGAGAGGUAGCCCUUCUCCAAGGGACCGCAGGCACACCAAUGGUUCAGAUUACAGUGCAAGUCCUAGGGGAAGGAGCAGAAGCCCAGACCGUGAAGCUGAUGGCGAAGGAAGGUCUUAUAGGAGCUCUGUGAAGGAAAACGGCCACAGCCGCAGCACUAGCCCACUCCCUAGGGAUGACAGGAGCCCAAUCUACGAUGAUGAUGAGAAUCAUGCUUCUCCUAGGCGCAGUGAAUCAAAUUAAAGCAGGUGGUGGUGGUUUGAAUGGUAUGUCUUAAUGACAACAAUCUGUGUUUGCGAGCACUUUUGAGUUUUAUAUGGAUGGAGAACUUUUCCUUCUAGAAUAUUAAGAACUGUUGAGAUUUAUUAGAGUCUGUUUCUAUAAAUCCCUCUUUAUCUUGUCUUUAGUAAAUUACUUUUUACAGCUGCGAAUGACAGUUGAUGAUUUUCUGCAUAAACUAUGAUCUAUGAUUUGCACAAUAUCACUUACUAGUA